GCUGAGGCAGCCAGCAGCGUGCUGGGUUUGGUGGGCCCGUGACAAAGUUUCACCUGCUUGGGUGGCUUGUCCUGGUGGCCCAGCGGGUCAGGCUCCCUGCCCUGCUACAGAAAUCCUGCUGGGAUCUCCCUGCCCACGGCAAGGAGGGGUGGAACUAGACCAUCUUCAAGGUCCCCUUCCAACCCAGACCAUUCUGUGAUUCACUGCUCUGCCUCUCGAGAUCAUCUCAAAAAUAAUUUCCCUGAAUCAUGUCUCGGGAGAACGAUGUUGCAGCUCCUUGCAGACGGAUGUUUGUGCCGCUCAUCCCUUCCUUAGGCUUUGUUUUCCGUGUGUGCAAACACGUCGGGAUGUGUUUGGUGUGUGACUGUUCAGGAUGUGCCCCGAAGGCAUUGGAGUGGCACUGGAAUUUCAUUAGCAUGCCAUUAGUGAUGUCAUUCUCCUGAAGGGUCUCUUCUUCUCCUGGAAGGCUCACAGCGCAGGGGAUGGAAAUAUUUUCCGUGCUCUCUUUUCACCCAUCAGCUGGAAAUAUUUUCCGUGCUGUUUUCAUGUCCUCUUUUCACCCAUCAGCUGCAGCAGCUCUAUUUCAGCUUGGGCUUGCUGCUGAAAGCAACCCAAGAGGAGAGGAGGGGGGAGAGUGGGGCUGGCAGGGGGGCACAGAGCAGAGCUGUGGGGGAAUGGUCUGUGUGAUGUGCACUGUGGCACCUGGGGAGCCCCGAGCCCUUCACAGGGCUCAGUUUGCCACAGGAUGUGCAGCAGUGAUGUGACUCUGCCACAACCCUGGCAUCAGGCAAGGUUUUCUCCACCAUGGCCUUGAAGAAAAUGCCCCGUGCUUUGUUCAGAAAGCUGCUGUGAACCCAGCCCGAGGAGAAGCAGGGCACGGCAGAUGCUGGCCUGCCCUGGAAUCAGUCUCAAGUCAGGGUCGUGCUCCUCUUUCCAGACACUUCCCAGUGCUGCUUCCAGCUUGGGAAUCCCAGCGCAGGAAGAUGUGGAGCUGCUGGGGAGAUCAGAGAGAUGGAACAGCCCUGCUGGGAGGAAAGGCUGGCAGGGUUGGGAUUGUUCACCUGGAGAGGAGAAGCUUUGGGGUGGCCUCAUUGUGAUCUUGCAGUACUUGCAGGGAGACAGAUGGAGAGGGACUGGUUCCAAGGGCCUGGAGUGACAGGGCAAGGAGAAAUGGCUUCAAAGUGUCAGAGAGUGGCUUCAGACUGGAUAUUGAGGUGAAAUUCCUCCCUGGGAGGGUGGGCACGGGGGGCCCAGAGAAGCUGUGGCUGCCCCUGGGUCCCUGGGAGUGUCCAAGGCCAGGCUGGAUGGGGCUUAGCACCCUGGGAUAGUGGAAGAUGUUGGAAUGAGGGGUUUGAAUUAAAUUAUUUUUGAGCUCCCUUCCAACCCAGAGCAUUCUGGGGUUCUCUAUCCUUCCUCACUGGGGCCUCGGCCCUGCAGCAGAGCACUGAAACCCGACAACAAAGGCUAUUUGUUGCCACCUCUCAAAGCCCAAGUGCCUCGUUUGCACUCUGUGCUGUCAUUUAGAAAACCCGGAGUUAUUUUGAGCCCUGAAUUGUUCCUCGAGCUGUCAGCAGGGCCACACUCAGAAACGUGCACCUUGCAGGUCACCCUGUCCUGCCCUUGUGCUGGCAGCGUUCCCUUGAAACCUGUCAUUCCCUGUGCACAUCCUGCUGCUCCUUGCUGCCAGGCAAUUGCAGGGAUUCAGAGAAGCCCAGGUGAUUACAGGGCACAUGGAAUCCCAUGGGAGGGGAGGUGGGAAAGGUGACUGCCCACUCCAUGGCUCUUCUGUCAUCUCACUGUGUUCAAAAGUAGAGCUUGAGGAAGAAAAUGUUGGGGAUUCAAAGCUGUUGGAUGUAAAUGUCAGUAGUUUUUCUUCUCAGUUCUGGACUGCUCUCACACUGGAGCUGAAAACACCAUUUUUUGCCUCUGAGGCCUCGUGGGAGGGGCAGAAGUGACAAGUCCAGAAGUGACAAGUCCAGAAGUGACAAAUCCAAAAGUCACCUUUUGCAGCCCAGAAUUGUCCUGGAAGAGCACGUGGGAAGUCCAAGAAGGGAGCAUGGACCAGCCCAGUGGAAGGAGUUUCAUGCAAGUCCUGUGUGAGAAAUACAGCCCUGAGAACUUCCCCUACCGCCGUGGGCCUGGCAUGGGGGUGCACGUCCCAGCAACUCCACAGGGCUCACCUAUGAAAGACCGCCUGAACCUGCCCAGUGUGCUGGUGCUCAACAGCUGUGGCAUCACCUGUGCCGGGGACGAGAACGAGAUCGCCGCCUUCUGCGCCCACGUCUUUGAGCUCGACCUCUCCGACAACAAACUGGAAGACUGGCACGAGGUCAGUAAAAUUGUGUCCAACGUCCCCCACUUGGAGUUUCUAAACCUGAGUUCCAACCCUCUCAGUUUGUCCGUUUUAGAGAGAAGUUGCGCUGGGUCUUUCGCUGGCGUCCGCAAACUUGUGCUCAACAACAGCAAAGCUUCCUGGGAAACAGUGCACACCAUCCUGCAGGAAUUACCAGACUUGGAGGAACUCUUCCUGUGCCUUAACGACUACGAAACAGUGUCUUGUUCUCCAGUAUGCUGUCAGUCUCUCAAGCUACUCCACAUAACUGACAAUAAUCUUCAAGACUGGACUGAGAUUCGAAAGUUGGGAAUUAUGUUUCCAUCACUGGACACACUUAUCCUGGCUAACAACAACCUCACCACCAUUGAAGAGUCAGAAGAUUCCCUGGCAAGGCUCUUCCCCAACCUAAGAUCCAUCAACUUGCACAAGUCAGGUCUGCAUUGCUGGGAAGACAUUGACAAGUUAAAUUCUUUCCCGAAGCUCGAGGAAGUGAAAUUGCUGGGAAUUCCUCUGCUGCAGUCUUACACCACCGAGGAACGCAGGAAGCUGCUAAUAGCCAGGUUGCCAUCCAUCACCAAGCUCAACGGCAGCAUCGUGGCCGACGGCGAGCGGGAGGACUCGGAGCGCUUCUUCAUCCGCUAUUACAUGGAGUUCCCCGAGGAGGAGGUUCCCUUCAGGUAUCACGAGCUGGUCACCAAGUACGGGAAGCUGGAGCCCUUGGCUGUGGUGGAUCUGCGGCCUCAGAGCAGCGCCAAGGUGGAGGUUCACUUCCAGGACAAGGUGGAGGAGAUGUCCAUCCGCCUCGACCAGACUGUGGCAGAGCUGAAGAAGCACUUAAAAACUGUGGUGCAGCUGUCGACAAGCAACAUGCUGCUCUUCUACUUGGACCAGGAAGCUCCUUUUGGUCCCGAGGAGAUGAAAUACAGCUCGCGGGCGCUGCAUUCCUACGGCAUCCGGGAUGGGGAUAAAAUUUACGUGGAGCCCAGAAUGAAAUAGCCUUUUUGCCCACACCCACACGCCCCCACACACCCACACACAUGCAUUGAGGAGUUUUUUGCAAGGUUUUUAUUUCGGUUGGUUGGUUGAGGUUUGGUUGUGUUUCUGUAGCAGGUAAUUUCUUAGCCCGGAGGAAGUGCCCUGAUCUGAGAACCAUGCCCACCAUCCACUGCAGGUGACCUUGAGGUGACAAUUGACUUCAGGACGUGUGUUUCAGUGUGGGCAAUACCUUGAUGUUUCCUUUGAUGCUCCGGUAUACUCGUGAUUUGGCAUGAAUGGUCAGUUGUUCAAGCUAAACAAUGCCAGGGUCCAUAAGGGAGGAGACAGCUCGGUGCAGAAUUUGACCUGUUGUUUUCUUUUCCUAAAUUUUUUGGUGUUUUGCUCCACCAGAUCUCCCUUUGCCCUAGCUACCCAACUGUGGCUCGAGCUUGCUGUAGUAUUUUCUUGCAGCUUGGUGCUGUCUCAACCUUUUGUUGUGCUCGAGUUCACAGGAAAGAUCUCCAUCAGUAUUCUGCUUGAUUCAGAGCUCAGGUACUUUAGUGCAUCCACUUCACUCCACUGGUUUGCUUUCUGUGAGUGCACAACAUGGGGGAAAGAAAAAGAACUACCCAGAAAGAAACUUUCUUUUCAAACUGCACGCUCUACAUCCACCUGAUUUUGGGGGGAAAAAAAGAGGUUUUGGCUGCUGUACCCAUCUCUCAUGGUGCCUGCAGCCUGUGGGGAUAAAGGGUGUGUUGGAAAGUGAAUUUUGGGAGGUGGUGGAUGAGCGCUGCAUUGGAAGGGCUUUUGGAACAACAGGUCAACAAGGGGUUGAAGAGCAGCUUGCCCUGUUGUCCAUCCUGAUGCUGAAGAGAUCCUCCGUGCACUUCACCUUGUACCAGUGGGUGCUGCAAGUGGAAUGGCUAAAAUUCCUCUCCUGGGAGAGAGGAAGAGUCAAGUUGAAGUUUGUGUUCGUUGCUGUUGCACCAGUUCAAACCUAGCACUUUCCCCGGGGCCCCUGGCCGGGGGUCCCUGCGUAGGGUCCGAACUCGGAGGAUGUGUUGGCUCGGAUCAGCCUCUGGAAGGGGAGGAACAAAGCAGCUGGACUCUCGUUGGGUGUUCAGAGGUUUCACUCUCUCUCUCUCGGCUUCCCCCACGCGCCCCUCGUAGGCAUCGCGUGCUGCUGCUUCACGUAGGCCCUGUUUUCUACUGCAGAGCAGAUUCCCCUGCCUGGUCAGUGAAAUCCUCCUUCCUGUUUCUCUCUCUUGUUUCGCUUUCCUGUGUCUUCCCCGCUCCAAGUUCAAGACUUUCCCAAUUUCCUGGUUACAAGCAGCUGCUCAGCAGUUUUUGGAGCUGUGCAGCGAGGGCUCUAGUUACACAUGAACUCCUGACCUUCAUUUUGAAAUGCUCCCUUUAUCCCCACGUGCACUUUCUUUCCCAGGAUGCUUUUUCCCACAUCACUGAGCUCCUUUGGUAUUCUUGGAGUUGUGUAUUUCUCUUCACAUUUUACCUGGAUUGUGGGGUGGGAUCAUUGGGGAGGGGGACAAAGUAUUAUUAUCUCAUAGUCUUCAGGUUUAGGAUUUGGGGAUUGUUCAGAGGGGAUUAGUUCCUUAUCCAAAGCAAGGGUUUAAACGGGAGGAUUUAAAACAAGUUACUAAUUUGUGCCUCAUCCCCCUGCCAAAAAUAGCAAUUUCUUGGCCCCGUUGAGAUGAGCAAUAGGGAAGGGAGUGAGAUUUUCCAUAGGUAGCAUAGGUUUUCCAUAGAUCUGUGGUAUCUGUAAACUAAACAGCAGGGAGAUAGCGGCAGUAUAACAUAAAAUGAUGCUUUUAUAAGCUAGAGCUUUACUGAAGAUGUAUUUUCAUUUGGGCAGUGAAAAUAAUUUGCUGCCUGAUAGCAGAACCCUUAAGCCAACACUUCUGUAUGAUAUAUACAUACCUACCAAUAGGAAAAGUUGUGGUUAAUAAGAUAUUUUGUUAUAAAGCAAAGUUUUAUGAAGAUAUGGUUGUUUAAUAUUAGAAGCCUAUUUCAGCCCUUGACCUCCAGUGUAAGUAGGUUUUCCCUGAGUGGCUGCAGAGUCCGAGGCAAGCGACCUAUGGGGAUGCAACAGUAUCUCUGACCCAAUUCUCCAGAGCAGUAAUUGCCUCUGUGGGUGUAUUUAUGGCAUUGCACCUGCUAUUCCUGAGAUGCUGAAACUCUUGACCAACUUCCUCAGCACAAUUAAGUGUCUGGGUUUCAGAGAAGGGAAUAAACAAAGGCCAUUAAAGAGUGGAAUGGGAUGAUAAAGAAGGGCCAAGUACGUGCUUUUAAGUUUGUUUGCCCACUAAAAAUUGGGCUGUCCAUGGAGGGAUCGGUGCUGUCACCAGCUCAGAACUGGCAGUAAAUCCUGCUUUCAUUUGUGACAGACCUGGUGGGAACUGGAAGAUGGAAAAAGAGAACACAGAAGGUUAACAGGUGCUGGGGAUUUGGUGCUGACACCCAAACCUGCUCCCCUAGUCCGUUCAGGGUAUGAAAUCACCACCCUGCCACUUCUCCAGGGGAAGGUUUUUCUCGAGGCAUUCACCUUGUGUGCAGAUAGUGGAGCAGUCGUGGGGUAGAAACCAAAAGUCUUGAUUGGCUUCCCAAGGAGAAGGACUCACACCCAAAAGCCAGAGAGAGUUUGUGUGUGCAGAUGAUCAGCUGUGGGAAGUGGGACCAAACAGCACACAGGGAUGUGGCAAAAUACCCCAAAUCAUGAUACCUUGUGGGGAAGGGUCUCGUGUGUGUGCCACCCAACAGGGGACCAUGUCUUGGGGAGAGAGGAGAAGGUUCUGAGUGGGAGAGGAGGUUUGGGUGCUGAUCGAGGGUGCAGAUGUGGCAGGAGGUUUGAUUUAAACCUCUGCCAUGUCAGAUGGGGCCGCGUCCAGGCAUUGCCAGCACGUGUCCUCUUCAGCUAAAGGUCCCUGGGUCUGUCACAUCCGCUGAGAAAACAAAAUAGAUGUGCAAGCUUCCCUGGCUUGUGUGUCCUUCUGUCUGAGGGCACUUUUGUUGUGUUGUUCCUGCUAGUUCAUGCAUCAAAGUCUGCCACGGGCAGCCUGGGCAGAGCACCUGCUCCACGAGGACUUGGGUGACAGCUGUAUACCAAAGUGCCACACGGCUCCGUGUGCCCAGUUCGAUGCUGUGCUUUGUGUUUUUGGAGAUGUUCCUGUUCAAUAUCCGUGUUUUUGGCCAGAUGUUCCAGGCAGAUUGCUGUUAUGAAUAUGCACAGGGUGCUGGCUGUCCUCUGCUCCCUGGCUGGGAUUUGUAACCUCGUUUUUUGGGAGCUGCAGGCAUGCUGGUGGCAGGUGUGACCCGUGGUGGCUUGGAGGACGUGCUGCUGGGGACAGGCUCUCCCUGUGCCCUCUCCUCUCGGGUCUGGAAUCCGACAGAGGCGCCGCGGCGGCUCUGCCUCCUCGCUCGUCAGUGAGAUUCUGUAGGUUCUGUUUGUGUGCAAGAUUUGAGAAUGCAAACGAGGUGCUUAAAGCAGCCCAGAGGCUAAAAUAUGUAUUCCUGGCAGCUGUGCCUCCCUCGUUUGGAUGUGGCACUUUUUAGGCAGCAGAGAGACGCCUUCCCCAGAGCAACGUUAGAGGGGCUCCAGCCCUCUCGGGCCUUUGCCUCUGUGAUUGCUUUUCUGCAGUUCCUGGAAACUUCAGCUAUAACUUAAACAUGAAGAUCUAUUCUUGCUCCCUGUUAAUGUUGCAUCCAUAUGUAAUUUUGAAGAAGAACUGUAAGUCCAUCUGGUUUUUUAUUCUGGUUUCUCUCCCAGGGGAUACACCUCCCGCUCCCACAAUUUGCCUUUGGUUUGCUUGCAGACUUUAGUGGUGGAAUUCAGGCCAAAAUAGGUCAUUGGUUUGGAUCAGUUCAAUAAACUUAUAUAAGUUUUUACACUAAAACCCCCAGUGUCCUGAGCUUUGCACUUCUGUGUCCCCUGAAGCAAAAAAUGUUCCCUAUUGUCACCCCAAAGGUGU